CACACCAUGCCCCGAGCACAGCCUGGCGCGACCUGAAGGCGGGUUAUCAUCGGUGACGUGGACAGAUGAGCAGCUCCCGACGGAUCGAUGCCAGCCAAAUGAUGACCAGUUGUGGCCAGCAGUCCUUGAACGUGCUCACCGUCCUCUCGUUGCUGAUUUCUGCAGUCUUGUCUGCGCAUUUCCGGGUCUGUGAGCCGUAUACGGACCACAAAGGCCGCUAUCACUUUGGCUUCCACUGCCCCCGGCUCUCGGACAACAAAACCUUCAUUCUCUGCUGUCACCAUAACAACACAGUUUUCAAAUACUGCUGCAACGAGACAGAGUUCCAGGCGGUGAUGCAGGCGAACCUCACGGCCGGCUCCGAGGGCUACAUGCACAACAAUUACACCGCCUUGCUGGGAGUGUGGAUCUAUGGCUUUUUCGUGUUGAUGCUCCUGGUCCUGGAUCUUUUGUAUUACUCGGCAAUGAACUACGACAUUUGCAAAGUUUACCUGGCGCGGUGGGGCAUCCACGGACGAUGGAUGAAACAGGACCCCCGGCGGUGGGGCAACGCUGCCCGGCCCCCUCCACCGGGGCAGCCCGCCCCACAGCCCCAGCCUCCCCCAGGCCUGCUGCCACAAGCCCCCCAGGCCGUGCACACGCUUCAGGGAGAUGCUCACAGCCCACCACUGAUGACCUUCCAGAGUUCAUCUGCCUGAAAGCCCUUUUGCCGUGCCUCAGGAUGGGGGAGGUGAGACCCGAAGCACCUGGCACAGCCUCCAAGAAGAACAACUUCCACAGAGACCCCAGGGAGAGCCGAGGUGGCUGCGGCGGUGGCAGAGGAGGAAAUGCCACCUGUACCCACAAGCCCCUUCCAUGGACUUCUAAUAUUAGGAGCAAACUCAGGGGUGGGGGCCAGGGAUCUUAAGGGAGGGGUUCUUGAGCCACCUGUCCGCAAGCAAUAGUCCCAUUCUGGGCUGGUGGCUUCUGAGAGGUGACGCCAUUGUGGACUCAGGAUGACCAGCACAAAAUUGCUCCGGCUAAUUCAAGCCACAGGGAUUAGGCCUGUGCAUCGUACCUGUGGGCCCCUUGCCUCCUGUCCCUCCAGCUGUGGCCUGUGGGCCUAUCUGUGUCACAAUACUGAAUGUGAGUGUGUGUGUGUGGGUGUGUGUGGGUGUGGGUGUGGGUGUGUGUGGGGGGGUGUGGGUGGAUGUGAUUUGGGUGUUCUUUUUGUGUGUUUGUUUGGUCGGUUUCUAUUGGAGUCCCCCCCGAGUCCUUUAAUGGGCACAGGCCACCAGUGGCGGGGGCCCUGGUCAGCGUCCCCGUUCAAACUUCUGGCUGUGGCUGGCAGCCGUGAACCCACUAGAGUCAGUGAGCAUGAGGCAUUGCCCCGCUGCGUCUGAGGGCCCUGGGGAUUUGAAGAUGUUAGUGAGGGUUGGUUCUUAUGGAAUUUGUUCCUAUAACAAUGUAAUAAUAGGGGAUGAUGCAUCUUGGGCCAUCCACAGAACAGGCACUGGGCUGCGUGCCUUCAUGCACUCUCCCUCUCACUGGGAGAGGGGUGUGGUGAGCCCCCUGCAGAAAUGGCUCUGAGAAGGGAAGUUGCCAGGGUCACACAGCCACGAGGAAACCAGCCCUUCUGUUUGAUCGUAGGGGUGUAGGAACCCAAAGUCCACACUCCCCAUCCCAGGGGACCCCUCAGCACAAUCCCUGGGACAUCUCCCCACUAGUUUCUCAGUGGACUGACUGUUGCCCCAAGUUCUCCACCAUCACUGCCCUGAAACCCUCAUCCACACAACAAAUUCUGGUUGAGCACCUGCUGUGUGUCAGGCCCCAGGCUGGGCAGUGACAGGGACUGGCCAUGAGUCAGGCAGGCCUGAUCCCUGCCCUGGAGGGGGGCUGCCAUCUGGUGGGAUAGACAGACACACAGAUCUGUGCUGAACACGGUGAUGAGGACUGUGGAAGCCCCAGGGGAAGUUUCCAGAAACCAUUCCUCUUUAGACUUCCACGUAAACCCGGAUGCCUAUAACAUCUGUCACCAGAGCUCCCCCCACCCACCCACACUGCUUGCCCAAGGUGCACACACGGAAGGUCAUUGCCUGGGAAAGGAUCACAUAAAUCCCCAAGGACCACACUGCCAGUGUAGACACAUUCAUUCCACUGGUGUUGGUGAUAACCGGAUCUCCCCCAGCUUUUAGCGUGGUGGACACGGCUCAGCAAACUUGUGUCCCUCUGAUGGCGUGUCCUCACUCAGCCAGACCCAGUGCUCUUGCACACACACUGUCUGCGCUCCAGACACAGCAGGGAGCGGGCAGGCCCCAGCUCCUGGUGCUGGCUGGCUAGGUGGGGAGAGAGGACAGGGGAGAAGUGAAUCGUGAAUAAGGACGGGGCGCGCUGGGCCGAGAAUUCAGUCAGAACAAUCUGUUAGUGAGGGGCUUGUCAAGGCUGGGUGGUCUGGGAAUGCCUUUCUGAGCGGGUGAUGUUUAAGCCCAGGUCUGAAUGAUAAGCAGCAGCCAGCCACGGGCAUUAGACACAGGGGAAGAGCAUCCAGCACAAAGACCCUCAGGCAGUAGCAUGCCUGAUGGUUUCAAAGAACCAAAGAAAUCCAGGAUGGCUGGGACGCAGAGGGAGGGCAGAAGGGGUUGAGGGUGAGGGAGUCCAGGCUCUGUAAGGCCUCACAGACACAACACCUUGUCCUUUGAUAAAGCAUUUUCCAGGCAACCUGGCUCUCCAUCCCCUCAACAGCUCCAUAAGGAAAGGACUCUCCUCAUUUCGUGGACUAGGAACCUGAGACUCAGAUGGGUCCGGUGACCCGCCCCAGUUCACCAGGCAGGCUGUGGCAGACCAGACCCACGGUUUCCAUGCAUCUCCCCGGACAGGGGUGCCCAAGCGUGUGGCUUGGCAGAGGCAAAGUGGGAAAACUUUACUUUGGGGUCUUGAGUAUGGAGGGGCAUGUCUUCCUUUCCCUGGACACUGUGGGGAGCCCUGGAAAGGGGCACAGCUGCCCUCCGGCCCAGGGGGAUCAACCCUCACCUGAAUCCAAUGUGCAGAGCCUCGGGAAUCAGGGGAGCCCGAGGUUUGGGGAGGGGGCACAAGACCUGGAUUGUGACAUCAGCUCUGCACUAAGAGUGAUGUGAGCCCGGGCCAGUCCUGUGCCUUCUCCGCCCUCAGUUUCCCCCUCGGUGAGAGGAAGGAGUCAGACCAGGUAUUAGGGGGCUGGCAUCUCUGGCUUCCUGUGGUCCAGGGUGACGCUCACACAGCUGAUCCCACAGGGGGUGCUUCUUCUGGUGGGAAGGAGCUGGUUGCCUUGCCUCCCUGGCCGGACUGCCUGAGCCGGAGGCUACUCUCACUUAGACCAGCCUGGGCCAGGACCCACCUGAUUGGCAGCCCCGAGAAUUACAACUUGCAGGCCUCUGGCCCCUGCCAGCAAUCUUCUCGGGAGUGACUGAUAACCCCGUGGGGCUUGGGACAGAAUAUUCUGUUGGAAUUGGAGGCUUCCCACGUGUAGCUCAGAAGACAUCACAGACGCAGCCGGCCAGUGCGGGACAGAGUAUGCGGAGGGCAGAGGCCCUUCCUCGCUCCUCUCCGAGCCUGUUUGCCACCUGUCAGGGGGCAGGGGGUGCGUGGGAAGGAGGGAACAAUGGUCACUGGCUCUCUCCGUGGCUGAGGGGUGAGACGGGGCGCCGGUUGUGAGCGCCCCGAGUGGAGGGCAGCCGCAGGGAAGGCACUUGUGCGCAGGGCCGUCCCUCCCAACGUCCAGGGCUCCUCAAAACCCUGCAGGAGCCCGGCUUGCCCCAGCAAAAUCCUGUCCCCCCCUACUGUGGCAGGCCACCAUGCCAAUCGGUAGAGUGUCCCCGAGAAUAAGACACAGGGUAGUGACAAGUUCAAGUAGAGAUUUCCAGAGUUAGUGUUUUUUAGUGACUCCCAAACCCGGUUUUUCAAGCUGCCUAUGUUUACUUUCUACUGCAAGCUUCUGGCUAUCACCACGUAAUUUGUAACAAUAAAAUAAUCAUAGUACAAAAAGAAAAAUAAAAAGCAGAGAAAGAAGAAGACAACAUACCUUACCGAGGAGUUUGUACCCGACGCCGGUCUGUGUCCUGACUUCCAUUUGUAAGGACCUCUUCCUACUGGGAACGGUGCAUCAUGGACAAGCAGCUGACGCUUUUCCUCUCGCCGGUGUAUGGUGUGAUCCGUGUGUUUUGGAACCGAUUCAGAACCAAUACCAGGUAGCAUCCUCAGGCCCUCUGCCCUCACCUUUACCUCUGAAGUCGCCCUGAGCCUCAGGCAGGAGCAGCCUGCUCCUGCAGACGGGCCCGGAGCUGCCAGGGGCCAGGGGGCCGUCUGACGCUGACCAGGACCAGUAUGAAACAGGCCUUAAUUGAAAACACACGCACGUGCACCCCCACAUGCAUAGGGACACGCAUGCACACACGCACACGUAGACACGUGCACAUGCAGGUGGACCCUCUUGCGGUCUCAGAUACUUUAGAAAAAUAGGCAGGCCGCUAACGAGGGUGGGUGGUCCUUCCCUUCAUUGUCCAAAACACCAUUCAGGUGUGGCCCCGAGGCUGGAAAGAAGGGCUUGGGGGGUGGGGGCAUCAGGGACAUGGUGAGGAGUGGGGCCGAGAGACGCUUCCUGGCUCACCAUCAAAUCCAAGGCUCUCUCUAGAGCAUUUCAGUCACAGCGAGGCUGUGGGUGUGGCCGUGCCUGGCACCGUCUCCCACGCAGACCCCCAGACCCUCCGCCGUCCCUCCAGCCCAGGCCCCAUCCGCCAGCCCAGCUGACAUCUUGCCCACCGUGUCCACUAGAGUCUAGUAGAUCCCUCAACAAUCCAAAUUCAUGUGACAGCCCCAAGGGGAGUUAUUGGGGGCAUUUCUUGUCAGUGUCGAGGGGCAGCCGUGUCAUCACAGAGAGACGUCUAUGCCUCCCCACCCCCGUCGUCUGCUAUGGGAACCUGAGGUUGGAAUAAUAGAGGUGACUUUCAGGAAUUCUUGACCUUGCCGCUUACCUGGUGAGUAUCAGAUGGUGUCUGCCUGGUCCCCACAAACCAGCUGUAAGGUCAGAGGGCAGCCAGCCCCCGAGUGAGUGGUGACACCGUGCUCACUGCCACCUGCAACCCCCAGAGCCCAUCACCAGACCAGGCUGCGGCGAUGCCCUUUACCCUCCAGAACAUAAAGACCACACACCUGCUGUGUGACUGACACCCCACGAGGGUCCCAGCCUGCCUUGCAGCACACACAGCCCUAGACGGCAGUCAAGGGAAUGGAUACAACCUUGGGGUCUGUGGCCUGAAAGACAGAUGUUGAAGUUGAGCGGUCAGGCGAGAGAGAGAGAGAAGAGCCUAGAAAAUCCAUUCGCUCAUGCAUGCAUUCCUUCAUCUGUUCAACGAAUAUUUAUCCAGCUCUGAACCCAGCACGCAUCUGGGCGUGGUUCCUGCCAAACACAGAGAUGUCAGGGAACAUGCGUGUGUCCAUGGGAGAGGCUGGGAUCCCCUGAGAAGUGACUAGUUGUGCCUAACAGUUAGGAACGCCCAGAUCCCCAAAGCAAACAGGCAACACCUACCUAUACCCUCCGUGAGAGUGGCCUUGGAGGUGGCAUUGUCCCCACCCAAGUUCCCAGGACCCUGCCAGAUGGUGCUAGAGAGAUGCCUGCUGAGUGAGCCACUUUGACCCUUAGUCACACUGUACCAAAAACUCCUAUCUUUACAUCAAAACCCUGAUAUGUUUGCCCUUGACAGGGUGACAUUCAGGGCUGCGGCAGGGCCCACCCCCCAGAGGCAUCAUUCACAACGCGGUCACGGAAAUGGUCAUGGGUUCCCAGGAACAGCAUUUCUGUGGACCGCAUCGGGAACAGCAACCCCCAGGUUUGUGCAGUGAGGUGCCCUGUGAAUUGCCCUACACCAUCCAACAAAAUACGCAGGAGCCCAUGGAAGUCAGACGAACCUGGGUGUGGGUGAAAUUCUGGGGCACGUGGUUGCAAGUCGCAGCUGGCACUGCCACCGGGGGCAUCCAGUGGGACCAAACUGGUGACCUGAGAGAAUGUCUUCUUGGAGCCUCGCCUGGGUUCUCACGUGUGUUCUUUCUGUUUCUCCCCACUUCUGUAUGUUCAAGCUGAUGGGAUGCGUCACAAUCAGAUCGGCAAGCAGUCAGUCUGGGUCAGGUGUAAUAACUGAGUGGGACGCCGAGGGGGAGGGGCUCAGUCGCCUAAACAAGCCAGGACCCGCCCCCCCAGGCAGGUGCGUCCACGCCAGGGUCGGCCACGCUAGGGCACACAGGUGAGGGUCGGACAGGGCGGCUCCUCUCUCCUGCACACCCCGACUUCCGUGAGCAGGCACAGGGUCUCCCUGAGAGCUGAUAACCGGGAAAACCAAAAACCAACAAUAUUCCUGAUAAUAAUAAUGUAAUAAUAAUAAUAAUGUAUUUUACACUGCGCUACGCUGCUUUUGUCUUUAUAUACAGUAGUUUUUAUAAAGAUGUCCUUAGGUUUUAAUAAAGGAGUGUCAUGUCA